GUCACGAUUCAUGCACGCAUGCACACUGCCUCUCGAGCGCUGACGCAAGAUAUAUCUACUGUGUGUGUGUGGGAACCCACCAAGAAACAGAAAAGUAGACUGCUUUUUAAAUCACUUUUAUUCCAACAAACAUGUCCGGAGACGAGAUGAUUUUCGACCCCAACAUGACCAAGAAAAAGAAAAAGAAGAAGAAGCCUUUCAUGCUGGAUGAGGAAGGAGGAGACGGGGUGGGAGGAGAGGAGGUGAAGGAGGUGGAGGUGAAAGAGGUUGAACCAGAGGCUGGCGACGACAAGGACCUGGACUUGGAUGAAGAAGACGUCAGAAAGAAAGAGACGUCUGACGACUUGAAUGACCUCAACUUCUUCAACCAGAAGAAGAAGAAGAAGAAACCUAAGAAAGUCUUUGACAAUGACAUCGAGGAGGGGAUGAAAGAGCUGAAAAUUGAGGGGGAACAGAGCGACUUGCUGGAGGAGGACAGCCUGGACCUGAUGCUUCCCGCCAAGAAGAAAAAGGCCAAAAAAGUCGAUUUUGAUGAAGGAGAACCUUUGGAGAAAGAUGACGUACUGGAGGAUGAUGAGGGCAAAAAUAAUGACGGCAUUUCAUUCAGCUCCAGCACAGGACCUGCAUGGGCGGGUUCUGAAAGAGACUACACAUAUGAUGAGCUCCUGAACAGAGUUUUCAACAUCAUGAGGGAAAAGAACCCCGACAUGGUGGCCGGAGAGAAGAGGAAGUUUGUCAUGAAGCCUCCUCAGGUGGUCCGAGUGGGAACCAAGAAAACCUCCUUUGUCAACUUCACAGACAUCUGCAAACUCUUGCAUCGUCAGCCUAAGCAUCUCCUUGCCUUCCUAUUGGCUGAACUGGGGACGAGUGGUUCCAUUGACGGAAAUAAUCAGCUUGUGAUCAAAGGAAGAUUUCAACAGAAACAGAUAGAAAAUGUCUUGAGAAGAUAUAUCAAGGAAUACGUCACAUGUCACACCUGCCGCUCCCCCGAGACCAUCCUGCAGAAGGACACCCGCCUCUAUUUCCUGCAAUGUGAGACGUGCCACUCGCGCUGCUCUGUCGCUAGCAUCAAGACUGGCUUCCAGGCCGUGACGGGCAAGAGGGCGCAGCUUCGCGCCAAAGCCAACUGAAAGCCGCCCCCCCCCACCACCACCACCACCACCACCACCACCACCACCACCACCACCACCACCAUACACACCUUCCCGUCUUCUGGCUUUCCACGAUCUUCUCAGAAGGGAGGUCAAGGCUAUGGCAGGGAAUCCUCCAUUUUCAAAAAGGACUUAAUGCAUUCAAGUGCGGGUGGAUUUGGCUUGUUUCAGUUGCGUUGGCCGAGGCGAGAUGGCCACCAGCUACAUUAUUUGAUGCAUUUGGAUUAUUUGAACCCUCUGCUUUUUUUUUUUUCUUGCUGUAAUUGUUCAUUCCUGCAAUUAAAAUCUGAUUUAUCAAAGCUUCAAUCUUCACUGUUCUUUUCUCCUACAACUUUUUCUGCAAGCGGUGU